GUCUAACGUCAGUGCUUAUUCUACCGCUGUUUCAGUUAGCUGUUCUCCUCUAGCUUAGUUAGUUCAGUUCCUUUUAGCCGGCAUGCGUGAUCAGAGCCAGGAAUGCUGCUGCCAGCCCAUGCUGGAUGAGUUCCAUAAGUCCAAGUUCUCAUUGCACCAUGAGAAACCCGCUGAUUUCUGUCGUUCCCAAUGGCAGCGAGGGCAACGAUCCUACAUAUGGUUAAUAUAUCGAUGGUGUUUGGCGGCCUUUUUUGCUGGCGGAUGGUUGGGAAGCGUUAUUGAAACCUUUAAUGAUGGGAAAUGGUUCAUUUAUUUGACGGACUGGGGGUUUACCUUGGUCACUUAUGCCUGCAUCUUUGGAGCUGUGAUAACAACAAUAUACUUCAAUAAUCCCAAUUAUUUCAAACCCGGCAGUUGCUGCCUUAAAAUUUAUUGGGCCUCGCACUUUACGGCCACAGUGUUGGCCCUGGUAAUAACAUUCGUCUAUUGGACGACUAUUCACCCAAAUAUUGAGGACGAAGUCGAUCUUUAUAACAUUUGGGAACAUGCUCUCAAUUCAGUUUUCAUGUUUAUUGAUUUUUUCCUGGUGGCUUUUCCCACGCACAUCAUGCACUUUGUCUUUCCAAUCUGUGUGGGUCUGAUCUAUGCCCUCUUCUCGCUUAUCUACUAUUUUGCAGGUGGCUUAGACAUUUUUGGCGAACACUACAUUUACUUUAUCCUGGACUGGGAGAGGCCUGGCUUGGCAAUUGGCAGUCUUUGCAUAGUUUAUGUCUUACUUCUUAUCUUCUGUGUGGUCGUAUUUUGGAUGUACAGAUUAAGAUUAUGGAUAUUCAGACGUCACAUGAAGCCGCAAACUAGAGAAAUAAUACAAAGGCCAGCUCCAAACACCGUUUAAAAUUCGAUUAUUAUCUAAACAAUUAAUUUAAGUAUUUUAUAAGCUCAUUGAUAUACGAAUUACUUUGCCAUAGAGUUUUUAUAAGCUGUGUAUUGUAUUUUGAUUAAAUGGUAGCUUGUUAUCAA